AUGGCAGCAAUGACAGCCUACCAUCAUUAUUCACCGUUUGGUAGCACUCCACUUACAAUGGAAGAUUAUAUGUCUGGAAUAUCAUGCGCCUUAUUAGAUGUCGAAGAAAUGUUGUUGCAGCAGCGUGGAGCCAGAGAAGCUCCAUUUUCUGGAAUGGACAAAAGUGGUCGUGGUGUAUGCAUACGUAAUGAACAGGGUACAUGUACGAUGGGAGCUGUUUGUCCACUGAGACAUAUUGUUGGAGAUAAGGCUGUGGUGUGUAAGCACUGGUUGCGUGGAUUAUGUAAAAAAGGCGAUCAGUGCGAGUUCUUGCAUGAGUACGAUUUAAGUAAAAUGCCGGAAUGUUUUUUUUUCUCGAAAUACAUGGCUUGUAGUAAUCGUGAAUGUCCUUUUCGACAUAUUGAUCCCGAAAGUAAAAUCAAGGAUUGUCCGUGGUACGACCGUGGAUUUUGUCGACACGGCCCAUUUUGUAAACAUCGACAUCGCAGGCGUGUUCUUUGUCCUAAUUAUUUGGCAGGCUUUUGUCCAGAUGGAAGGGACUGUAAAUAUGCUCACCCGUCUUUCAAUAUCCCACCUGUAGACACGACUCAAAUUCUUCGAGCACGAGGACAGUACAACAUUGGAAUAGUGUGUCACAACUGUCAUGAAAGAGGCCAUAAGGCUACAUACUGUCCUCAUUUGCCUACUCAAACUCAGUUACCGCUGCUAGAUUCAUCAAAAGUGAAUGCACAGAUAUCGCAAGAAUUGGUAGCUAUUUCCGAGAAAAAGGCGCUUUCAGAUGUAACCUGCUAUAAGUGUGGUGAAAAAGGUCAUUACGCAAAUCGAUGUCAUAAAGGAUUGUUGGCAUUCCUGUCAAAUACGGCAUAUCUUGCUCACGAACAGCGAGAGAAAGAUGAAAAAGAAACCAGGGGAAACGGACAGCAAUUUGGAAGUUUAGGAAAGUCUCAGCAGGUACCGCAACCAAAGACAUCAAAUUCAACUAAUAAAUCUGGUGAAAUGCUGCGUUAA